UCUGUCCUAUGUUGAAGUAUUAUAAUUUUUUCAUUGUAUAUACGAACAAAACAUAGUUAAGAAACACGAAGUACCACCUCUAUGAUUCCUUCUAAAUUAGCCACAAACCCCAUGGGCCUCUCUUGUCUCCCUUCAACACUCUUCUAACUUCCCAAUUGCAAUGACACAAUUGAACCACGAAACUGCAUUCUCCAAAGGGGCAUUCCCGUGAUUUCACAUGCUAAAGUCCAUUUUGGACCAGUUCUGUAGCAACUGCAAUCUAAGGAUAAGCAUAGAUCUUCAGAAACAGUGAACACACUGAAACAGCCCCCCCCCCCUCUCUCUCUCUCUCUCUCUCUCUCUCUGUUUAGAUAUCAUAAGAUCCUUUUUUUUUUACUUAAGAUUCUGAACUCUCGCCGGAAUAUUCCCCCGGGAAAUGGGGUUUCGGAGAAGCCACUGAGAACGAAAGCAAUGGGUGGUGAAGAAGAGUUCGCCGGAGCUUCGGGUCUCCGGCGAGCGGUGGAGCUCAUACGCGCGGUGCUAUCUCUGUCCCUCUCGAUUCGCGUCUUCGCCGGAAAAUGGCAGCUCAUUCGCGCCAAGCUGGAGGAGCUUCACGGCGGUUUUAUCGCCGCCGAGAGCUGCGACUCAGGCGAGAACACGUCGGUUUCGCGGCUGGCGGCGGCGGCGGCGACCACCGUGGAGGAGUGCCACGAUCUGUGCCGGCGCUGCGUGGACGUGUCCUACAGCGGGAAGCUUCUGAUGCAGAGCGAUUUGGACGUGGCGUUCGCGAAGCUCGAUGCGCACGCGAAGAGGCUCUCGGAGAUAUACAAAACGGGUAUUCUGACAAAUGGGUAUGCGCUCGUGGUGUCAAAACCGAGUCUUGGCGCUUCGAGAGAGGAUAUGAGGUUCUACGUGAGGGACUUAACGACGAGGAUGAAGAUUGGGGAUUUGGGUAUGAAACGACAAGCUUUGCGGAACAUUCUAGAAGUUGUGUUGGAGGAUGAGAAGUACGUGAAGGUGAUUGUGGAUGUGGGUGACGUGGUUCAUUUGUUAGUGGGGUUUUUGGGGUCUAGUGAGGUGGAGAUUCAGGAAGAGAGUGCUAAGGUGGUUUCUGUGGUUGCAGGGUUUGAUUCUUACAAAGGGGUUUUGGUCACUGCGGGGGUGAUUGCGCCGUUGGUUAAGGUUUUGGAUUGUGGGAGUGAGAUGGGGAAGGUUGCGUCCGCAACGUGUUUGAUGAAGUUGACUGAGAAUUCGGAUAAUGCUUGGUGCGUUUCGGCUCAUGGGGGGGUUAGUGUGUUGUUGAAGAUUUGUGGUGGUGCUGACUCUGGUGGUGAUUUGGUUGGGCCUGCUUGUGGGGUGUUGAGGAAUCUCGUUGGUGUUGAGGAGAUUAAGAGGUUCAUGGUUGAUGAGGGUGCUGUGGUGACGUUCAUUAGGCUUGUGAGGUCCAAGGAGGAAGCGAUUCAGGUGAAUUCGAUAGGGUUUCUUUUGAGUAUUUCCUCUGGGGAUGAGUUGGUUAGGCAGAUGGUGGUUAGAGAGGGUGGAGUCCGUGCCUUGUUGCGUGUUUUGGAUCCUAAGUGGUCUUAUUCUUGUAAAACCAGGGAGGUGGCAAUGAGGGCUGUUGAGGAUUUGUGUUUUUCCUCACCUAGUUCUGUGGCUGUUUUGAUGAGUUAUGGCUUUGUGGAUCAAUUGAUAUAUUAUGUUCGAAACGGCGAGGUUUCGAUCCAGGAGUUGGCCUUGAAGGUGGCUUAUAGGUUGUGUGGAACAUCCGAGGAGGCUAAGAAAGCAUUGGGGGAUGCAGGGUUCAUGCCAGAGUUUGUCAAGUUUCUUAAUGCAAAGUCAUUUGAAGUUCGAGAAAUGGCAGCUGAGGCACUCUCCGGCAUGGUUAUGGUUCCAAGAAACAGAAAGAGGUUUGUGCAGGAUGACCAUAAUAUAGCCCUUCUUCUGCAGUUGCUUGAUCCAGAGGAGGGGAAUUCAGGUAAUAAAAAGUUCUUAAUCUCUAUAUUAAUGUCCUUAACGAGUUGCAACAGUGGGAGGAAAAAGAUUGUUGGUUCCGGAUAUGCCAAGAACAUAGAAAAACUUGCGGAGGCUGAGGUUUCUUCUGAUGCCAAGAAACUCGCCAAGAAGCUAUCCACAAGCCGGUUCCGCAGUAUGUUGAGUGGAAUCUGGCACUCGUGAAUGUAAUUCUUUUUUUUCUUUUUUUUUUUCUCCUCAUCCUUUUUUAACUGUAUAUUUACAUAAGUGUCUUACAAGUUUUGCUAAUUUGUGUUCACAAUUCUCCAUAUGCUUUCUGUUUUAUUCAUUGGCCUUACAAGAGUAGCACAUGCACAGCUUUAUGUUGAGAUUGUAACCAGGUGUAGUGAUAUGAUACCAUAAAAGCUUUGUUGUAGAUUUUCUUGAGGAUACUCUACCAUUGCUGUUAGGCCUUUAGCUAUGGCGGAUUUUACCAAAGAAGUAAAGAAUUAUGUUAUAUUAUAUUAUAUAUAAAGAAGAAGAAUGUAAUUACUAGUUAAUUACAUAUAUUGUUCUUA